AUGGAGAAGACACUGACGAUAGGUCUGAUUCUCUUCCUAACACUGGGUCUGGGCCUACCAGAAGCUGGGGGACGGAAGGAGGGGCCCCAUGGGGAGAACGCGCAGAAACGGCCCUCACGUUCUUCAGAGAUGAAAUCAGGUCGUUGCUCAUACACCUUCAUUGUUCCACAGCAAAAACUGACGGGGGCACUGUGUGUAAAAACGGAGUCAGGUGCUGCCAACCACUCUGAGGUGGCAGCGUUGCGGGCAGAGCUUAAACGGCAGCAGGAGCUGCUGGAGAAGCUCCGGGAGCAGCUGGAGCAAGAGGGGUCUCUUGCCAUGGAGGUGAGAGCCCUUCGCAAGGAGAGUAACAGCAUGAAUGCCCGCAUUGCCCAGCUCUAUGCCCAGCUGCUGCAUGAAGUUAUCCAUAAAAAAGAUCAGGCUUUGGAGCAGCGAAGGGUUGAAAACCUUCUGCUAAAUGCUACUUCACAGGCACUGCAGGUAUCAAGUAAUUACAGGGAGCUGGAGAAGAAGUACGGAGCACUCACCUCCACGAUGAGCUCCCAGAACCAGCUUAUUGCCCGUCUGGAGAAGCAAUGCCAAUGCAGGAACACUACCCCAUCAUCACUGGUAACCACCGAGCCACCAAGAACGCAGUCUAAUGUACAACCUAAUUACAGCUCUGAGGCCAACGAAAUGACCAAUGACGUUCAAAGGGACCAGAGUGCCCUUCCACCACAGCAGGACAACACAAUGGGAGGCAAUGCCUUCCCCACCACCACAGCCAACACACCUACAGAUCCCCCUUUUAUUAGCUUCCCUGUCACAAAGACCCCAGGACCCUGGCGGGACUGCCAACAUGUGUUUGAUUCGGGUGAGACCACCAGUGGGAUCUACCUGCUCCGCCCACAAAGUGCCAACCGACUCCUGCAGGCCUGGUGUGAGCAGAGUCGAGCUCAGGGAGGCUGGACGGUCAUUCAAAGGAGACAGGAUGGAUCAGUCAACUUCUUUAGGACCUGGGAGCAGUAUAAGCAAGGCUUUGGGAAUCUGGAUGGAGAGUACUGGCUUGGGUUGGAGCACCUCUACUGGCUGACCAAACAGGCCAACUAUAAGUUACGUGUGAUUCUGGAGGACUGGCAGGGACGGCAGGUGUUUGCUGAGUAUGAUAGCUUCCACCUAGAGCCAGAGAGUGACUGGUACCGUCUGCGGUUGGGGGAAUACCAUGGCAAUGCAGGGGACUCGCUCUCGUGGCAUAACAACAAGGCCUUCACAACUCUGGAUCGGGACAAAGACAGCUACUCAGGUAACUGUGCUCAUUAUCAGAAGGGAGGCUGGUGGUACCACAUGUGUGCGCACUCCAACUUAAACGGUGUGUGGUAUCGAGGUGGACACUACCGCAGCCGCUACCAGGAUGGGGUCUACUGGGCGGAGUUCCACGGAGGGUCUUACUCUCUUAAGAGAGUUUUCAUGAUGAUCAAGCCUACAUAA